AUGGCUGCUGUGCAAACAGACGUUUCCCUGUGGUCGCAACCUUGGGAGAGGCCUUUGUCCAUCUACGGAGGGUUGGUGUGUAACUCGCUGAUGGCUGACUUCUGGUCUGACAGAACUCCGCUCCAUGAAGCGGCCUUUCAGGGCAGACUCCUCCACCUCAGGGCCCUUAUCGCUCAGGGCUUCCAUGUUGACACAGUCACCAUGGACGGGGUCACGCCGCUCCACGAGGCUUGCCUCGGGGGUCGUUACGCUUGUGCCAAGUUUCUUCUGGAUAAUGGAGCAAAUGCAAUGGCAGUGUCAACAGAUGGCGCCACACCUCUCUUCAAUUCCUGCAGCAGCGGGAGCGCUGCCUGCCUCAAGCUCAUCCUGCAGCACAGUGCCUCCAUCCACACCACCUACCAGCUGGCAUCUCCAAUCCAUGAGGCUGCCAAGAAAGAUCACAGAGAGUGCCUGGAGCUGCUGCUGUCCCGUGGAGCUCAGAUUGAUCUGGAGCUGCCUGACGUUGGGACGCCGCUCUACUCUGCCUGCAUGGCACGGGCCGCAGCCUGCGUAGAGGUGCUGCUCUAUUCAGGAGCAGAUGUUCAGAUCGGAUGCGGGCCGGACAGUCCUCUGCAUGCUGCAGUUUUGGGGGGAGGCGCUGACGUUGUGCAUCUUCUCCUGGACUUUGGAGCUGAUGGAUGUCGCAGGAACGCCGAGGCGAAGACUCCUCUUGAUCUGUCGAAGCCAAACAGCUCAGUGAGAGCUGCACUGCUGAGCAGAGGUCCCUGCUCACUGUCUCAGCUCUGUCGCUUACGUAUUCGUCGAAGUCUCGGAAAGAGUCGUCUGCACAGGGCCUCGAGCCUCUUUGUCCCUCACAGUAUCAAGGACUUCCUCCUCUACCAAUGA